GUGCAUUCUGAGGGAUUGUAGGCUUCGGAGGGAGAGGGUUAUUAGAAGGAAUAUAAGGAAUAAUGAAUAAUCCCGGAGGAGGGUUUCCAUACGGGCAGCAGAUGCCGUUCGGUUAUCAGCAGGCACCAGGAGUUGGUGGAUUGGGGGUGGGUGCGGGGGGUACGAAUCCUGGAACAAUCAUUUGUCAUAUCUGUGGGAAGCCAGACCACUAUGCGCGUAACUGUUGGCAAGAGGGUAAUCGUCCUCCCACACAGCCGGACCAAGAGACUAACGAAAUGAGAGAGUACUACCGUCGGGCCAUUCAGCGGGAAAGGGAAGAUUCCGAGAGGAAAGCCAAGGAUGAGUGGGAGCGUAGGAGGUUGGAGGAUGAGCAGAGGAAGGAGUCAGAGAAGCUUAGGGAGGCGGAAGCAAGGGAAGCCCGACUAGAGGCUACUAUUGUCCGAAUGCUUUCACAGCAUAACAAAGGACAGUACGCUAUCACUACCGGCUCCCCUCCAGUGAAAAAGAAGUCGCCUAGAACCAAGAUGAAGAUGCUCAAAGAGAUCCGCAGCUACAUCGAUGAGUCGGAGGAGGAUAGUGAGGAAGUAAGGGAGGAGGCGGGGAAAUUAGCGGACGCAAUUGAGAGUAGAAAAAAAGCGGGAAAGAAGAAGAGGGUCUACGAAGUUGACACGAAUCUGUCCACUGAUGGUAGGAACGGCGAUCUAACGCGAGACACCAGGAGGAAGAGCUCGGAGGCCGCGGCAACAAAGAGGGCAAGCUUGACUCCUUUGGGGAUUGGGGAGGAAGGACGCGAGGAGGAAUUGAAAACCCCUCUCAAGGGUUUAUCGGCAGCCUGCUCCAGUGAAGGUGUGCUUGAGUACGCUCUGGAAUUGCAUCGAAGAUUAUCCGCAAAGAAAGUCCCCGAAUUGCGUAAGAUCUGCAGCAAAGAAGGUAUCCCAUGGUCUAAACGUGAUAACGUCAUCUGUGAGCUUGUGCGUUGUAGAACACGCUUGGUCUAUGAAGGUUUUUGUGAGAAACCCUCCGAUUUCUCUCCAGUUAGUGAGAAAGCGCAGGGCGGAUCGAAGAAGUCCCGGAGAAAGGGAAGGAGGGAGAUGGGUAAGAGAUGCCCAUUGAUUUACCCGGGUAAAGUGAUCUUUUUCUCGAUAGGAGACAAGAGUUAUGCGUCGCUCACAAGUUUGUUCAAGGCGCUGAUUGGAAUCAAGGGAUCAACUCGUGUGAACUUCUUUGGGGGGAACAUGUGGAGCGACGGAUGGAGGAAGGUGAAGUCCAAGUAUGGAGAAUCGACGAUUGAGAUGAAGGGGGUGAAGAAGCCAUUGAAGGAGUGCAGACUGGAUUUGGAGAGAGGGGGUCAAUUCGACGUUUUGAAGGUUAAGUGUGUUUCCUCUGCAAUUGAGCAUUGUCGGAAUUAUUUAAAGGAGAUUUUGGCGAGACCGUACAGGAUCAAACAAGCGUACAGGAUGGAUUCGGCGAAGCUUAUAGCAUUGUGCCGAUCUGCUACUUUGUUCUCAAGGAAGAACUUCAGAGCCAAGUUGAAGAUGAAGAUUGCCAAGGUCGUACGUGUGAAGUUUGGAGUGGAUAUUAGAAAGAGACCGCUGGUUAAAGUGUCUUUCUCCCCCGCUCUGAAAUCGGCAGUAGUGAGAGAUGUAGCUGCUAAGUACCUUGGUCUCGCCAUCAUUGAUUCGUCCAUUCGCACGUACUUAUCGACCAGAGUAAGGGUAGUGGUGCUGAAGAGGAGGACGGUAGGUGAUAUUCUGCACAACCACCGAGCCUAGGCAAAGAAAGACGCUGCUGAGUGCUCUUGUUCUAAGUAUCAGCUUCCGCG